CGUACGCGUAUCGCUGCGAGAUGGACGCGCCCGACGACCGAUAUUACGGCAACCAGACGCCGGACCGCUCCGACACGAACAGUCCGCGCUCGCAAAUGAGUAGUCCCAACUCUAACUCUUCUAUCAAUGUGACGGAUCAAUCCAUAUCGCUUUCCCAGCACCAACAGAACUUAGAGACACUAAACAGAAUGGGAAUGUUUUUUCACGCACAACAAAUGCAUCUUAACCAAAGUUUUGAUGCGGUGAAAUCUAGGUUAGGCUUGACACAAGUGCCUACGAGUGUUAAUCCAGGCCCGAGGCAUACAAUAGACGCUAUCUUAGGACUGAAUGGCCAGAGGCAAGUUACUAGAGUGCAGAGUGAGUUUGAACAGAGAAGAGAGGAGAGGGAGUGUGAGACUGUACCAGUGUCGCCAGGAGCUAUUGAAAGCGCCGGCGAAGGUUCCUGCAACAGCAAUGACGGCUACAGCCAGAGAACCCCAACAGACGACAAGUCUCCGCCAGGCAGUGACGACGAGUCAGCUCGACCUGGCUCAGCAGCAGACAAUAAGAAGAAGCAUCGGCGGAAUAGAACGACGUUCACCACAUACCAGCUACAUGAACUGGAAAGGGCUUUUGAGAAGAGCCACUACCCUGAUGUGUACUCCAGAGAGGAACUCGCGAUGAAAGUCAACCUCCCCGAAGUCAGGGUGCAGGUAUGGUUUCAAAAUCGUCGUGCUAAAUGGCGUCGCCAGGAAAAGAUGGAGGCGGCUCGGCUUGGUUUGUCGGAGUACGGCUGCGGGGCUGGCGGUGGCAUACCUCGGCUUGGAGGGCUGGGGCUGCCCGUAGAUCCCUGGCUAGCACCUCCACUACUCACUGCAUUACCAGGUUUCCUGAGCCAUCCCCCGUCUGGCUACCCAAGCUACCUCACGCCACCAGCGCCAGCGACAAGUGGCGCCCCCCCGGACCCGCGGUCAUCUUCCAUCGCAGCACUCCGCAUGAAAGCGAAGGAACACGUAGAGAGCCUCAAUAAAGGACUACAGAUGGUCUAAUAUUAUACAAAGUAAAUAAUGUUAUAAUAAGAUUAAAUACAGUCAGUGGUUUAAGAUUUACAAUACCCGGCGAUGAAUAUUGCACAUCAACUUUUGAUAAGGGACAAUCAACCAAGUCUCUCCGUAUACUGUUUAUGAUAAGCAAACACUCUCCUCGAUUAAUAAAAGAUCGAAAAAGAAAAAGUUUUGUACAGAAAAAAGGGUAACUGUCCACGUGGCGUCAUUUGAUGAAUGCAUGCAUCCUUCACAAAUAAAAGGCGGCCUACAAAAUUAAAUGACAAAUGUUUGCAUAUUGCUUGGAAACAAUGAGAACUGUCCACGAAACGGUAAUGUUAAGCCGCGCAUCGUUUUUGACGACUGCUUGCAUUGAUCAAAUGACGUAAUGUGGUAGUACGCCUAAACGAUCAUUAUCACUCAAAAUUACCUUUUUCCAGCAGUCGAUGUGAAAUUUUUAUCGACCGGUACUGUAACUAGUUUUAAGAUGAACAUUUAUGAAUGUAAGGAUCUCUAAGAGCAUAGGUUUUUAAGCGAUCAUAAUGUUUUUGUUGGAAAAUUAGCUGCUGAAUGUUAUAGUCAAUGAAACUAUUUUAAACGUCAUACUUCUGAAUUUAAUUUUGUUUGAACACAAAUUUUUCAUGACUUCAAUAAUAGGGUAUUUUCCUAAAUUUUAUUUUAAUGUCCGUCUGGUAAAUUAUU